GUAUCCGGAAGUUAGUGACAACUUGCUGAAAAUUCACAUGCCGAUAGAAAUGUGACAGCGUGCGUUUUGAAUAGCAUUCCUCUGUUUAAAACUUUAAGCUGGAUAAAUGUCGUCAGCCAAAGAAAGGAUGCGCAAUAAGAAGCUGAAAAAUCAGCCCAGCAGUGUGACGUAUACCUCCCCUGGAGUCGGCUCUGGCAGCUCGCACUGCAGAAACGGAGGAGAGGGUCCAUCACACGGUCGUGGUCAUGAUCCAUCGCCGGCAAGAGACCGGGGGUCUUCUCACCCCAUCCACGGAGGUGGCUGGGUCCGGGGCCACCAGAGAGACGGGAAGGCCUAUGGUCAGGAGCUCCCCAAAGCCAUCACAGCCUCAGGGUUUAUCAAGGCCAGGGCCGCCGAGGUGAACGCCAUGCUCAAGGCGGUUACCAAGACGACGGGGAGUGUGCAUGCGUUCGGUGUGCUGCCCAAGCACAUGAGGAGGAGGGCCAUGAGCCACAACACCAAGAGACUCCCCUGCAGGCUGAGGGAGGUGGCUAACAGGAUGCUGGAGAAGAGCCAGAAGCUGGGGCAGAAGGAGAAGAAGCCCCAGUCCAAGACCAAGAGCCGCAAGGCCCGCCGUCGCCACGGCAACCUGCUCCUGGACUUCAACCGGCGCCAACGGCGGAACGUGUGGCUGGAGACGCACAUCUGGCACGCCAAGCGCUUCCACAUGGCAAAGAGGUGGGGCUACUGCCUGGGGGAACGGCCCACUUACAAGUGCUACCGGGCCUGCUACCGCGCCAUGAGCAGCCACUGCCUGCUGCAGGACCUGUCCUAUCACUGCUGCCUGGAGCUCCGAGGGGAGGAGGGCCUGCUCCUGGCUGCCCUGGCCCAGCUGACCUGCAAGGAUUCAGGGCCGACGUUUGCAGCUGCAGCCAGCCUGUCGGGGCGCAGGCAGGGCAGUACCUUGGUUUACCGAGCGGGCCAGGCCCUUGCCCAGCCCCUGGGCCCUGUGCUCUUUCUGUGGAGACCCCGUACACAGGACUCCACACACAGACAGCUGUGGCUCUGGAUCCACCCCACACUCAAACAGGACCUGCUGCCUGAGCUGAGGGCCGUGUGUCAGUGUUCUGAGGCUGUGCCCCCUCCGCCAACCCUAGAGGAGAUGCCUCCUGCCCCAGCCCCCGCCUCUCAGCCCCCCCCUGGUCCAGCCCAAGCCCUAGCCCCGGACACAGAGACCAAGGGGCCUCAGUCUGACCGGACCAAAGCCUCCAAGAGAAAGCGCUCCCAGGGGGAGACUGAAACUACCGGGCCCCCUGCCAAGAAGGUCCUGGGGGAUGGAACCAGAUCUCCCACCACCCCUGUGACCUGGAGGUCCAGCACUACUGGGAUAGUCCUGAGCGACCUCACAAUGGAAAUUGUGCGCUAUCGUCUAAUUGGACCGCUGUCGCACUCAGUCCUCACGGAGACCCUGGAACCUGCCACAGAGUGUGACGCUUCAAGCCCGUCUCAGCAGGCUUGUUUCUGGUGGCCGGAGCACUGCAAGGACGAGAGGAACAUGUCGCUCCAUCGAAAACAGGCGGACAUCUUGAAUCUGCUCAAAGGUGUCUACUCCACAGCGGAAGUUCCGUCAGGUUCCGUGCUGGGUCUCACUGUUGAUGACCCCAGGUUGACCCUGCCCAGGAUCAGGGGCAAGGCCAUGCCCAGCAUCCAGCAGGCCCAAGAGGUGGACGAGGCGAGCAGGAGGGAGCUGACGCUGCAGGGCGUCCCCGAGGACUGCAGCCAGAGUCCCCUGUGGGAGCGCUCGGUCCGAGACAACGUCACGGCCCACAAGCUCCCCGAGCAGGAGCUGAACCGGAUGCGUAGCGAGGUGCUGGUGCCAGGCUCCAGGCUGCCGCCCCUCCCCCAGGGCAGGGUGCCCGUCCUGCUGGUGCAGCAGCCUGGCAAACAGGCCGGCCAGGAGCAGGCGUCCUGGGGAGUGGGCUGGGACCUGCUGCUGCCCAAGGCCUGGGGCAUGGCCUUCUGGGUGCCUCUGGUGUACCGAGGGGUGCGUGUGGGGGGGCUGAACAUGGCGCUGAAACACUCCCAGAACAAAGGGACGCCGCACUUCCCCCAUGAUUACCCAGACUGCCCUGCGGGGAAGCGCUUCCAGGAGGAGCAGGAAGAGGAACUGCUGGCCAAGUUCAAAAGGCGUCCACCUGCCAAGAGGACCAAUUACAUAAAACAUGGCUGCCUGGCUCCGUUCCGUUGCCCCUGGCAACAGCUGGCGGAGGAGUGGGAGCUGAUAGUGAGGGAGGAGGCGGUGACAGGAGGAGAGGAGGCCAAGGGAGAAGGAAGGAGAGAGAGCCUAGCUCAGCUCCUGGUGCCAAAGGCGGGGGAAGUGACAUCACAAGGGGACGUGGCCUUCACUGUCUUGAGGAACAGGAAGUCCCUGAGGCUGCUUUCUGGUUGGUGCAGGCCCACAUCCUCUAAAGGUCAGAGGUCACAGCGCCAGUGGGCGGUCCCGCCGCUGAGUCCAGCAGUGGCUGCAUCUCUCCUUGCCUCCAAUUGGAGGAGCCUGGUGUGGGUCCGCCUCUCUCUGCUGUCCAAGGGCCAACCGGAGCUGCAUGCCCAGGUGUGUGUGCCCGCCCCCGAGGACCUGCGUGGGCAGCGUGGGCAGCCUCGCUGCAGCGGGCCCCUGGAGCCGCUCCACACAGACCACUUCAGAAGCAAGCUGAAGCAACUCAAGAAGCACCGCAAGACCAAGGCCAAGCCCACCUCCUCCUCCUCUUUGUCUGGGUCUGCCCCCCUCUCUACCUCUACCUCCACCCCUGGUCCCGACCCCGGCUCUGCCCCCACCAUCCCCUCCACCCCUGGCCCUGCCUCCCUAUCUUCUCCCACCCCCCUCCCCUCCACCACACUCCCUGCUCCCAGCCUCACCCCACCUUCCUCCUCCCCGACCUCUGACCUGAUCCUGGGCCUCUGGCCGGAGCCCCUGCCCAGCAUCUCGUCCCACUGCUCCCGUGUGACGCUGGGCUGGGUCUCCCAGGGGGACUUCUCCCUGGUGUCCGGGUGCGGGGAGGCCCUGGGUCUGGUCAGCCUCCCCGGGCUCCUGCACAUGCUGCUGGGGCAGCCCGAGGACCAGCGGGGCCUGGUCCUGCUCCGCAACCCCUCCUCCCUGCAGUACCGCCUGGCCAAGGUCAACAUCGAGGUGUGAUACGGACCGCAGCUUCUCCUGGAGGGUGGGAGAGGCUUCCAGGACUGUGCUGCUACUGCUCCACCUGAUAGAGGUGUGCUGUGGGAGAGAGCGGUGGGUGGGUGUGGGUGUGGCUCUGUCAGCUGCACAGCAUGUGUCGUCCCGUUUCUGCACAGCGCCAGACCGACCGUGGCGUGACACUUGAGAGAAAGUGAUCUCGAAUCAAAAACAUUCCUGUGUGCCUUGUGAAAGAUUCCUUCCUGCAUUUAUGUCAUAGAAAAGCAAUAUAUCAACGUUUUCUUUAUUUAUGGGUAUGGGGGCCGUCGGAAAAAAGGCAUUCGGGAUGUUUCUAGCGUGAAAAUGAAGAAAAUGUUUGCUUUGAAAUUGAAAUGUCUUGAGAUGGCAGAUGUUUCAGUUGAACAGGGAUGGUGGUUAUUUCUUUUCUGACCUUCUUGCCUGAUGAUCCUCAUUUAGUCUCGCAUGACCGUUCUUUUGGUUUGGGUGCCAGAAUCACCCGUUUGUGAAUUUGUACAGGUUUCUGUUACAGCUCUAUAUAAGAGUAAUUGUUUAAUGCCAAUAAAAUGUCCCUUCUGUACUCUAAAUAUCACAUGUCUGCAAGGCCUGCCAAGUGGGAGGAAGUUGAAGGGAAAAGGGGAGAAUUGAAAAGGACAAGCUGGAAGAGUGAAAGAGGAACGUGAAGAAGCAGCUGUCUCUUUACUUGAUAGCAAAUCAGAAUGUCAUUCUACUCUGCAAUAUUGCCUAUAGUCACACCUGAUUCAAAAUAAUGGGUCGUUAUAAUGCUUCUGUUGAGCUGGAUAUCAAGUGUAUGGCUUCAGUGCUCCAUCUUAUUGAA